AUGGCCAUUUGGUUGUUUCGGCGACGCAGUAAGAGGCUGCGCUCCCAUGACAAAACACAGACAGGCGAUGCGCCUCCAUUCUCACGACGACAGACCGCCCCGGUGGCUACGGGGGGAAGCAUCUCAUCACCGCCAAUCGAUGCGCAGGGGAAUGCUGUCGAUCUCGCCAGCAUACCCCAACAUGGACGGGCGUCUCCGUCGGCCUAUAGCUUCGAGUCUGGCCACCAGGACGAGAUCCAUGUUGGGCGCAGGAAAAGCAGGCGGAAGUCAAAAAGAGCGUCAGCCCCACCCCCUGGCCGCUCUAUACUUGGGGGAGGCCCCGCAAGUAACUGGCGUGUUAAUGCCCCCCGCCAAACAAUAACGGCAACGCACGAUGAGCAACAGGAACAUGAAGGGGACCUUCUGGAAGGCGAUAAUUCUUUCUUUGGCCUUAUUCCAACGCUACACCCAUCUAAGCGUGAUAGCGGCCACCUGAUGUCGCGGAAACUCACCAAACGAAGAAAGAACUCCCACGAUCGCGAGAGGGAAGCUGAGCUCAAGGCUGGACGGGACUUUACCCCGUUGCGCCCAGCCACCGACGCCUGGUCCUCGGGCCGCCCCGUCGGAAAGGAAACUCAGAGGGUCAAGUCUGGCCUCACGAGAGGACCCCCGUGGGAGCGGGAGCGUUACAACUCUGAUGUUUCAUUACCUAGAGCAAGCUCGAUACAUUCGAGUCUCUCCUCGGAUUCAGAGCAGGUGUCCUACCGCGUCUCAGCCCUCGAUUCGCUCGCCCCGAAGCCGACCCUCCGAUAUUCCGCCCACCCACGAUGGGGUCAUCGUCAUCACUCUGCUGGCUCGGCUCCCGCCGGGGCAGCGCCUCAACGAAGAGUCUUGGGUGCACAGAUCCCAGAGGCGAUACUGAAGGCGCAUAAGCGCGUCGAUGAUCUGGCCGAUGAUUUAAAUGCAAGUGAUCUGCGAGAACUUAUGGAACGUGACAAGCGGAGGAGGGAAAGAAAACGGGAACGUGAACAAGAGAAAAUCGAAAAGAGACUGGCUCGAAGGGCAGAAAGAGAGCGGCAAGCACUGGAAGCUGGUGUCCCGUUACCGAAUCUCGAACGUGGCGUGCUGGGACGUGAGGCUCUCGUUACAGGCGCAGACCAGACCUCGGCGGUUGUAACGUCAUCUCGACGUCGGGACACUGAAGACCCCCCUUCAGAAAGCAAGGGCAAGCGUGUCGCGGGUCGUGGCGAGGUUUCCGAGGGCGUGAUUGAUGAGCCGCCCGUGCCAGCACAGGCGUUCCAUCGUGUGGACAGUAUCCCUGCGGAGCCAGCAUCUCCAGCAAAGGUCCCUCAGGAAAGGACAGUUCCACCGACCUCGCGGGAUACCAGUCCAAAGACAAAGGGAUUUGUACGGUCCAAGAAGAGCCAUUCCAAAUCAUCGCUUUCAGAGCAGAACCAGUCGCAGAACUCCAGCGCUACUCUGAAGGUUUCGGAAAGCUCGUUCAAAGGUCCCAUGUCCUGGAUAUCGAUCUUCAAGUGGGGUCGUAAACGUAACCCAGGGCCGUCCUCCUUCUCCAACACGUCACGGGAUUCGAUGUCGACGUCUCAACCACCGUCCGCAACUACAGCAACAAAUAUUACCUUUAUACCCCCUGUAGCUUCGGGGCUGGCGUCUACCGUUCCAAAGCGCACCAGAUCCCGCUUCCGGGAAGACCUCCCCGAGCUACCCCGUUCGCCGCACGAAUCUGAGAUACAACCGCCGCCAGAUAGACCGCUGCCACCGACUGUCAAGGAACUACCUGAUGCGAUGCCCAUACCAUCUGCGCCUAUCGACAUUCCUAAACGAAGAUAUGAUACACCAACUUCUAUGCUUGUUGAUGGCGCAUCACCCGAGCCACAGCAGUCCAUGUCGCUUGCUUCUAUUGAUUCGGAAGCAUCUUGGCUAUCAGGAGGCCGGAUGAGGAGCAACCGGCUAUCUUCUCAGAUGAAGCAGCGUGCCCACCGGUCUGUCGAGUACGGUAUGCCAGACCCUGAGAACAACGAGGACGACUCGGUGGGGAUAGCAGAUGACGAGUACCUUAAUCGUGUUGCUCGUCGUGUUUCCGCAGCAGACUCUUUAGGUUGGACUCGUAGGGGUUCCACUGGUGACGCUGUCCCCUCCAGCGACGAGGACGACGGCGCAAGAUGGGGCUCGAUCAGCGGAAGAAAGCCCAGCCUUACAAAGCCUCGUUCUGUUGAUCGAAUCAAAAGCCGCGAGGGCCUGCUGAACACGGUUUCCAGCGUCAACGAGGAGGAUUAUAACGAUAAGGAGCAAGACUCUCCCGUCAGCCCAUCCAGCAUCGGUGCCGAUAUCCAUAGUGCCACCAGUGUCGACCUUGGCAAGGGAAACGCCCGGAGAAUCAGUGCUAAAAGUGCCAUACUCCUCGAUCUGUCGCCUAGGGGUUCGAUGGAUGUCAAAAGAGUUAGUCUGGGCCCACAGUGGUCCGAGUCUACUCCAAAACAAGACUAG